GAGGUUCUCCUUCUCUAAGAGUUUCUCAUUCAUUUGCAGGAGAAGGAGGGCAGAGACUUCCACUAUGCUGGGAUAGAGGAAUGCCUGUUUAUGCGAGCGGCGGGAGGAAGAAGUGGAGACGCUGAGAUCAUCGUCGGAGGCAGGGAGAGACAGCGGGACGCUUGAUUAACCGCGGCCGGCGAGCAGCAAGCUUAGAGAUGGAGUUGCAGGCGGCUACGGUUGCCAGUGUCCCGUCAAUUCGCUGCUCCUUGUCGACCUUGGAAUCUAUUGACGCCAACAAGUAUCAUGCCGAUUGUAGGGGUUCGCCGUCGCAGGCAGGGGGGAGAGGAGCGGAAUGGGUUUCUAAGGGGCAACGGGCGACAACACGUUUCUCUAACAGGAGCGGCAAUGGGCCGACGAUGAUGAAGAUGGCUAUGGCGACGGCGAAGGGUUCUCACUUGCGGUCCUGCGAAGCAGGGGCAUGCCUUCAUCGAUCUCGUCUUGGCUAUAAUGCUGGCAAGAGCCAACGUUUCUCCCAUAUCUGUAUAUUCGGCGGCAUCGAGGCUUCUAGCAGAGGAUGUGCCAGCACUCCGACAAAAUUCGUCGUCAAGGAUCGGUGCUGCCGCCAUCCAGGGGUCCUCCUGCCAAACGCGUCUGCCUCGGAGACUAUGCUGAUCACUGAGAAGGAAAAAGAGGAAGAAGGAAAGAUCGGCAGCGAUGGCGGAUGGACGGAGUUGACACAGGUGUGUGCUAUUUUGGGGUCGCAAUGGGGAGAUGAAGGCAAGGGCAAACUUGUAGAUAUUCUGGCGGAAAGAUAUGACGUGGUGGCGCGAUGCCAAGGGGGUUCGAACGCGGGUCACACGAUCUACAAUUCUGAGGGGACGAAAUUUGCGCUCCAUCUGAUUCCUUCAGGGAUCCUUCAUGAGGGGACGACAUGCGUGGUCGGCAACGGUGUGGUCGUUUAUCUUCCAGGUUUUUUCAAGGAGAUUGACAAUCUUGAAGCCCAGGGAAUCCGCUGUGGAGGGAAUCGGUUGCGUGUGUCUGAUAGAGCACAUCUGCUGUUCGAUUUCCACCAAACGGUAGAUGGGCUGCGCGAGGCGGAAUUAGCGGGAGAGAUGAUUGGCACCACCCGUCGCGGGAUUGGCCCCUGUUAUGCCACAAAGGCGAUUCGCAGCGGACUCAGGGUUGCUGAUCUGCUGCACAUGGACUCGUUCCGAGUGAAGCUGGAAUACCUCAUGAGGGACGCGGCACUUAGGUUUGCCGGCAAAUUCGAGUUCAGUCAGCAACUGCUGGAUGAAGAGGUAGAGAGGUAUACUAAUUAUGGCAGACGGCUAGAGCCGUACAUCACAGAUACCGUUCAUUAUGUGAAUGAGGCGUUCGACAAGGAGAAGAAGAUCCUUGUCGAAGGCGCUAAUGCGACGAUGCUCGACAUCGACUUUGGCACGUACCCCUUUGUUACCUCCUCGAAUCCGUCAAUUGGUGGAAUUUGUACCGGACUGGGUUUGGCACCUUCCAAAAUAAGGACGGUCAUUGGGGUGGCGAAGGCCUACACAACACGAGUUGGGUCGGGGCCUUAUCCGACGGAGUUAUUUGGAAAAGAGGGGGAUGAUUUGCGGGAGGCUGGGCAUGAGUUUGGAACGACAACUGGCCGACCUCGACGGUGUGGAUGGCUCGAUAUAGUUGCGCUGAAGUAUGCGUCGAUGAUCAACGGCUUUACGGCUAUCAACUUGACGAAGCUGGACGUGCUGUCAGGACUGCCGGAGAUCAAGCUUGGCGUGAUGUAUAAGACCCCUGGAGGAGAACCACUCCCCUCUUUCCCCGCGGAUCUGGAGUUGCUCAACCAGGUCGAAGUUGAGUAUGAAGUGUUGCCUGGAUGGGCGACAGAUAUUUCACGACUGAGGAAAUACGCUGAUCUGCCACCGACGGCCAGGGCCUAUGUGGAGAGGGUGGAAGAGUUGGUGGGAGUACCCAUUAAGUUCAUUGGUGUGGGCCCAGGACGGCACGAUCUUAUCGUAAGGUCGUGAGUUUGAAACAGAAGCAUGCGCACACAAAUAUAUACAGACACUGAGAGAGAGAGAAAGAGAGAGGGAGAAGGGGGGGAGGGGGGCGGGGGGAGGGUACAUGCGCAAGAUGGGUCGGUGAUGGCGUGCGGACGGAUAUUUGAGUGAGCGAGGAGGGAAUGAAGAGAAGGCCUGCUUUGUGGGUGACGUUUUGUACAGCAGCUGUACCAUUGAUUCCAUUUGUGGUCCGUCGUGGUGUCAUAUUAUGGCACGCCCACCGGCAUCAUUCUCUCCUCGUGUCGAAGAGGCCUUUGCUUGAGCUCGGCGCCUCUUAUAUAUUUCCGCCGUCUUUCUUUGCCAUGCAAGCCUCCACAUUUCGAAUCAUUUUCUUCUCAUAUGUUGGGGCAGCAAGAUUGUUCAGCACUCAACCGCUGCAUAGGCAGAGAACCUUGUUCAUCCUCGAUGUAGAUAUAGUCAUAUACACUGCCUCUGCUCUCCGUUGGCAGUUUUCUCCUUUGCUUUUCACUCCUCUGUGGCAGUAAUGUAACUCACUCUCUCUCUCAAGUUUCAAUUUGCUCUUGACCUCCCAGCUGCUAGUCAGCGUGAGAGAGAGAGAGAGAGAGAGAGAGAGAGAGAGAGAGAGAGAGAGAGAGAGAGGGAGAGGGGGGGGGGGGGGGGAAGCUAGGAGAGAAGGGAUGUGUGUAUUGCUAGUGAACAGCAUUUUUUUAUUUUAUUUUUUUUAUUAUUUUUAACUAAGCUAUAUUCUUCUCUCAAUUUCACCUUUCAUAUCUACCUACUACCACAGAACAGCAAUUCUAUAUUAUUCCUGGGGGGAAAAAAAAAGAAUCUGGGGCACGGUUCCACUAUCACACAAGUAAGGUAAACUGUCCCUGAUAAACACCUGUGUGACAUGUGUGGGACAUGGCCCGGUCGUUGGUGCAUCAAAAUAGGAGGGCAGGAAAAUCGAGAUGCAUGUAUAUUUCGGAGUUGUGUUUUGAUUUUGUUUUUGUUCUUUUUCCUUUUUAUUUGCGAACAAUUGGAUGUGGAUAAAAAAAUUACAAAGUC